AGAAUAAUAGCCAGACACCCAGUGGUCCGCAGUCGCUCCCUACCUUCGGUGUGUCGGGGUGUCUGUCUCUCGCUCCGGCCGUCCGGGGUUCGGUGCGCUCCGUCCGAGUCCUCGCCUGGCUCCAGCCGCCUUCGAAGCAGGCACGCCCCUUCCCUCCGCGAAGGGCCGGGGUAGUCCCUGCCUCCGCGGCGCUGCAGCCUGCCCCAGGCUCCCCUCCGCGGCCGCCCGCCCGCAUCCUCCUCCAGCAGCUGUCCGCGACCCGAGCCCCGGCUGCAGGGCGGCAGAGGCGGCGGCGGCCCAGGCGGCGCCCAGCCCGCGGCUCCGGCCACCUGAGCCCGAGACCGGCCCAGGACAUCUCCCUGCAGCCCAGGACCCCUCACCAUCACAGCCCCACAUCUUCCGUGACGUCACUGGGGUCCCUGAACCUGCUCCAGUCUCCACCCACGACCAGGCCAUCACCUGCGCAGCAGCAGCACCCCCUGGGCCAGAACCAGGGAGAGCCCAACCCUCUGCUGGCCAGACCCCAGCAGCUGCUCCUGCCUAGUCAGGGCCACCAGGGGGAUUCGUACCGCCAGGGCCAGCCCAAUCCGGGCCAGCAGCAGCCGGGAGAAGCCUACGCGGCCAUGCCUCGGGCUCAGCAGCUCCCCUCGCCCUACCAGUCCAUGCCGUCGGACCCGUACACCAUCGUCUACAGAGCGCAGCAGAUGGUGGAGGUUCUCUCGGACGAAAACCGCUCCCUGCGCCAGGAGCUAGACACCUACUAUGACAAAGUGACAAAGCUGCAGAAGCUGGAGACAGAGAUCCAGCGUGUCUCAGAGGCCUAUGAAAACCUGGUGAAGACCUCUUCCAAGCGGGAGACCCUGGAGAAAGCCAUGAGAAACAAGCUCGAGGGGGAGAUCCGGAGACUCCAUGAUUUUAACCGGGACCUUCGAGAGCGCAUGGAGACAGCCAACAAGCAGCUUGCUGAAAAGGAGCACGAGGGCUCGGAGGACACCCGGAAGACCAUCUCCCAGCUCUUCGCACAGAAUAAAGAGACCCAGCGGGAGAAGGAGAAGCUGGAGAUCGAAUUGACAGCCGUGCGCUCCACCAACGAGGACCAGCGGCGCCAUAUUGAAAUCCGGGACCAGGCCCUGAACAAUGCCCAGGCUAAGGUGGUGAAGCUGGAGGAUGAGCUUAAGAAGAAACAAGUGUAUGUGGAGAAGGUAGAGAAGAUGCAGCAGGCUCUGAUGCAGCUGCAGGCCGCCUGCGAGAAGCGAGAGCAGCUCGAGAACCGCCUUCGGGCCCGGCUGGAGAGGGAGCUGGAGUCCCUGCGCUUGCAGCAGGUCCAUCUUGGCGAGGUUCUGUCAGGGUUGGGUGGCCUUAGGAAGGCUUCGAUUUCCUUGGCCAUGCCCAGAAAAGAGGCGCCUUUGCCCAAUGAGGCGGGCCCUAAUUUGAGGGAUUUGUGCCGCCAGCGUCAGGGUACCUCACAGGUGACCAACCUUGCGGAGUACAGUGCCUCGGCCCUCAUGGAGCUCCUCCGCGAGAAGGAAGAACGCAUCCUGGCUCUGGAGGCCGACAUGACUAAGUGGGAGCAGAAGUACUUGGAGGAGACGGUGAUGAGGCAGUUUGCCUUGGAGACCGCAGCCACCGUAGCCGCACACAGAUCUCACAUCAGUGAAGGCUCCACUCAGAGAGGUCUACCUCAGGAAUGGUGGAAUAUUCUUCACAGAAGGGACACGACCAGUGGCAGCAGCCACUCUCCCAAUACCAGCUAUGACAAGUCUCUGGAGGCACGGAUCCAGAAGGAGGAGGAAGAGAUCCUGCUGGCCAACAGAAGGUGCCUUGAUAUGGAGGGCAGGAUUAAGACUCUUCAUGCCCAGAUCAUUGAAAAGGACGCCAUGAUUAAAGUCCUCCAGCAGCGCUCCCGGAAGGAGCCCAGCAAGAUCGAACAGCUGACACCCAUGCGUCCGGCAAAGUCUCUGAUGUCCAUUUCCAACACCGGCUCAGGUUUGAUUCCUCACUCCUCCACCCUCAGCAGCACCCCCAUCCUGGAAGAGAAGAGAGAGAACAAGAGCUGGAAGGGGAGUUUAGGUGUCCUCCUGGGCACAGAAUGCCACUCUGAGUUAUGCAUCCCUUCUAUCCCAUCUUCCCCACCACUUUCAGCUCACUCCAAGACAGGCAGCCGUGACUGUAGCACCCAGACGGAUCGGGGAGCCGACCCAACCAAAACCGCCGCCGCCAAUGCCACUGCCGCCACCGCAGCCACUGCCGCCGUUGCCCCUGCCACUACCACCACCAUCGCCGGGCCCGGGCCCGAGGCAGCGGCCGCGGCCACCGCUGUGGCUAACAUCCCUUCCGCAGCUCCCACUCUUGCCGCCGCUACCGCCGCCGCCGCCACCGGUACCGCUGUUGCUGCUCCCGCUGCUGCCGGGGCCACCGCUGGGGCCGCUGUCGGGGCCGCCGCUGGGGCUGCUGCUGGGGCCGCUGCUGGGGCCGCCACUGGGGCCGCUGCUCCGCCUUCUCUCCAUCCAGCCGCCAGCCACGGACCGGCUCAUUUCCCUACUCCAAACUUGGCCUAUAAUUCCGACAAGGCAGAUGGACCCAUUAUCCGCCCUGUUGCUGUGGACAGAAAAGUGGGCGCCCGUUCUCUGGGACAAGACCACCUGGAUCUGGAAGUUGUGGAGUAUCUCAUCUAAACUGGCCCAACCGAGAGAAAGAGCCGGUCGCCCCAAACCGGGUUUUCUCUUUUCUUUUAUUUUUCAGAAAGUCGUUUUGUUUAGAAACAGGGCAGUCCUUGAGUUGUGAAGAAUAGUUACUCCCCCCCAAACCCUUAGUGAUAAGACCUUCAAAGGCAGAGUAAUUAGGACGUGCUUCGAGUUAGGUUGGGAUUGGAUUUUCGCUUGUUUGAAUGCUGGAAGUACUCGCGUCUGGCUGGGAAACCUCGUCUUAAACGCGCCGGGUUUGCUUGUCACUUUCAACCUUGUCAUCCUGUCAUUGACAAAUGUAUUCACGACAUGGAAAUGAGAGUUAGAGGCGCGCUUGGACCACGUGGCCAAUGUGCGGAGAAAGUGCCAUUUGAUGGCGCCUGGAAAGGGGGCUGGGGGAUAGAACCGGGACCGGUCCCUUUUCCCCCACCCCCUUGCCACUUUCUCGCGCUAAAGAAUGGAAUCCAUCUGGAGCGUUGAGAAUCUGGCCGCUGGCUUUUUGCAUGCAGAUUUCCCCAAAACACCCCCUCCCCGUCCUCCGGAACGGGGUGGAAUCGGGAAAUUGCUCGGAGAGGGAUUCCCAAGCUCUUGCAGAUUCUGCGUGGUCCAAGAGCAACGUCACCUCCAGCGAGCUCUUUCCAAAGACCAAAGGAUGCGUCUGGUGCAGACGGUAUCCUUUGAGAUGUUGGAAUGGGUUCUAGAAACCACCCGUGUCAGCUCCCGCCGUUACCAAGGCCAGAAAUGGCGUUGAAAACGUGCGGUGAGGGGAAGACGUGGGACACGGGCCGUCCCCGUCCGCCUCUUCUCCUCACCGAUUUGAUCACUCUGGGGGCAAAAGCCUUAAGAGACCUUUCAAAAGCAACAGGGAGAUAGGCGGGUGUAAGGGGAGGAACCAAAGAUAUUCUUGAGAAACAUCUCUCCAAAAUGUCACAGAUAGAAGUGGGCUUCCCCACUUUCUAUCUGUGGGACUAGAAGCAAACCGCUUCUCCUCCCUCAGCCUCAGUUUUCACAACUGGGAAAGGGAGACAUUAGUCUCAUGGGACCUACCUCAGGGGAUUCCGGUAGGGCAGAUGCUUCGUCCACCUGAGAGCAUCGGAGGCCCGGGAGUUGUUAGAGAGCGGUCCCGUUUCCCGCAGCGGGCCCCCGCCCCGCGAGGGAAGUCUUCAGGGGGAUCAGCAGGAGCAAUGUCACUCAAGGUCAUUGCGGCAGAGAGGGGGAGGGGAUGGGCGAAGGGACUUAGCGGUAGAAUCCCAGCAGGUAAAAGAACAGGCUUGUUCCUCAGACCAUAAUAAUUAGAAUGUUGAUCCAUCCAUACAUUCAUCAAUACAAUAAUCUUUGAGCCAGGAAGGACCUUAGUCGUUAGUUUGUCCCCAUUUAUUUUAAAUGAUGGAGAAGACUGAGGUUCAGAGUGGGGGGCGAUGGAGCACCCAAGAUCAGACAGAGGGCACGUGGCAGAGCAGAAGCUGGAACGGAGGCCGAUGCUCCUUCCACUGCACCGCACUGCUCCGCUCGCUCUUGGGGAUCUUCUUCGAGGAUUCCCCAUUUAAUGAGCCAGGGCUAGAAGGGGAGGUGGGGAGACGCGGCCAGCUUCGGGCCACCCGUGGGUGUGCUAGAAUUGCCACGUCUCCCCUGCUUCCUGUUUUCCAAGGUGGGCCCCUCUAUCCACCUGCACCCUGAGCCACCUACAGUCCGGGUUCCUUUCGGAGAAGAGAGACUCUGGCUCUCUUCUCUCCCGGUGGCACGACGUCAUCGAUUACAGCUUUUGGGCAACCCAUUCGGCUGACCCGAUGCACAGCGGCCCACGGUCACGUGCUCCGAUAACCAUUGUGAUAUAGCUGCUCCUCUCCUCGUUCCUGCCGUCCUGGAGCUCAAGAGCCCUGAGACGGGGGUUUGAGGAGAGGCUUCCCAGGACAGCCUCCCCCUCCCCAGCUCUCCUUUUCUUUCCUCCAUUUUCCCUGAAGGUCCCAGAAUCACAGAAGGAUCGUGUUGACUUAGAUACUGGGCCAUCAGGGAAGGUUUUUCUCAGAAUUUCAGUGGGGCUUCCAUGACCCCCCCACCACCCCAGUUUCUCACCAGCAGCUGUCGAAAUCAGGGCAUCUGAAACUUUUUCCCCCAUGACCCCUUUCCCCCCCAAAAAAAAUUCGUAUACAACCCCGAGUUUAUUGGGCUACAAAGCCAACAUUUCCCGAUGAUGAGAAAUCACAAUUUUGCGACCCCACCACGUUUAGGUACAAGACCCCGUACGGGGACACGAACCCCAGCUGAAGAAGCCGGGGUCCGAACAAACCCAGACACUUCCCUUCCUUCCAUUGGGUCUCAUCUGCUUCUGAUUUCAGGCUUAUGGGAGAAACCUCCCGUUUCUCGUUAGUGGCCGCUUGGGGCCCUCUCUCCGGCCCCUAUCUAUCUAUGCAUUUCUCUGGCACCUUCACUAGGAGGGAGGUCUUGUUUUACUUACUGGGGAUGGGGUGGGGGGGAGGGAGGAUGGGGGGCUUUGCAUAGGGAGGGGGGGGGGGGGGAAACUUUAAGGCAGUGAUAACUUCUGGACCUCGCACCUUCAACGGUCCGAAGUAACAAUACGAAAAGCUAAUCAGUAACAUUUCUAUCGAGUUGAUUUCUAUCCACUAGAUGUAUUUUAGGAUUUGGGUUUUCCUUUCUUCUUCUUUUUCUUGUUUUUUUUUUUUUUAAGCAAAGUGCAUAUUUUGAAUUUGGUAUUGUAACGAUGAAGGCUUUACUUUUAAUGCUGCUUUUUUGAGUUUGGGGGUAAAGGGGUAGGAGAAGAGGGGGGAGGGGGGCACAAAGCCAAGGUAAUCGUGGGAAGCACCGUUGGGUUAAGUCUUGUCGGGAGAGUUUGGGGUGGAGUUGGCUGCCCUUGGGGUGGGGGGGGGGAAGAGGGAAGGGAGAGGGGGGGGAGAGGGGUUUUUUUUUUUGCUUUUGCUUCUUAAAGAGCCCUUAGAAAAUCUGCGAACGAACGAGGCAGCUUUAAUUCCGAAAGUGUGUAAAUAUGCACUAGUUUAUAAAUUAUAUCAUCCUCUCUAGUAGCCAUAAAAUCUCAAAUUAAAAAAAAAAUGUGAUUCUGUGUGCAAGCGCGUGAAUGUGUGUGUCGAAGGAGUUUAUUUAAAAUGUCUGCCUUCUUACUGCCAAUGCUUUCCGAAGGAGGGAGUUGGGCGGCGGGCUGACCCCUGACACCUGUUCCCGUCCCAAGCCGUCCUUCACUAUCUCUAGUCUUAACUGUCCUGUUCUAUCCUGAUAACAGCCAAUAAAAGCUUUCUCUAGCCGUUGA